AUUGGGAGGUCGUUUAUUGACAAGGGGAGAAGGUGACUCCUCGUCGAGCAGAGCGGUACCUCGGGAGAUAUCCCAACAUAUAACUCGAAAAACACUGACGUUUGGUCAAUAAGCGAGCAUGUCUUCUUUUGGAAGGGCGCUGGGAGUCCUUCGGACGGGCACCCAGCUGCUUAGACGUGGCCCACAAAGGACAAUGAUCAGAAAGGGUAGCGGUGGUCCACACAUUGAGCCACAGUACAGGCAAUAUCCUCAGCUGACCAAGAGCCAGAAAUUCCAGUCAGAGCUCAUCAGUGGAGCCAUGUGGUUUUGGAUCCUUUGGCACUGUUGGCAUGAUCCUGAUGCAAUCCUGGGUCACUUCCCCUGGCCUGAUGCUUCUGAAUGGACGGACGAGGAGCUUGGAAUCCCACCAGAUGACGAGGAAUAAGAUCAGCAGGAGGGAUUCAAGCUGCUGUGCAAGGCUUUGUGGAAAUCUUCAGGAUAUUCUGAAAGUCACUGUUGUACAUAGAGUAAUAAAAUUAUCUUUAAGUAAGUUAAA